AUGGGAAGUAUGAUCAGUAUUAGCCAAGAUAGAGAGAAAGACUCAGACAAGGCCAAGUACAAAGUCAAUGGAAAGACUCAGGGGGAGAUUGAGGAGGCUCGUCUCAAUGCUGUUAACGAAGAUGAUACGAACGACUCGAAGACAUCAAGCGACGAAUUUGAAGAUGAGGAUAUCUACGAUUUUGAUGACAGUAACAAUUAUUCAACGAACUUUGUCGAUGAACACAAUCCUAUGGGGUUGAGAAGACCUACUAAACAAGAAUCGUCUUCAUUAAGAAGAGUGUUGGGUAGAGCUGACUGGAUUUGCUAUUUGCUUUGUGUAGCCGAAUUUGCUGAAAGAGCUUCUUACUACUCAUGCCAGACUCUCUUGAGUAACUUUGUUACUAACAAAUUGCCCGAGGGUAGCAGUACCGGUAAGCUUAUGCCUGGUAGUGUUAAUCCUGGUGCUUUAGGCUUGGGUGUGCCAACUGCAACCGCCAUUACCUAUACGUUGACAUUCGUGGCUUAUGUUGUACCAUUAUAUGCUGGUUAUGUCGCUGAUGCUCAGAUUGGUAAGUUUAAAGCGAUAUGGAUUGGCGUUAUUUGUGGAAUAGUUGCUCAUGUUUUACUUGUUGUAGCUGCCGCUCCUGCUGUUAUUGCUGGAGGGCAUGCUAUUGUUCCAACUGCAUUGGGUGUCAUCAUGUUAGCAUUUGGAACUGGUUUCAUCAAACCUAAUUUGCUACCACUCUUGAUGGAUCAAUACCCUGAGCUGACAGAUGUGAUUAAAGUUUUGCCUUCUGGAGAAUCGGUGAUAGUUGACCGUCAAAAGUCGUUGGAAAGGAUGACGUUAGUAUUCUAUUGGUCCAUCAAUGUCGGCGCUCUUUUCCCAAUUCCAAGUGUUUACAUCGAAAGAAGAAUUGGAUUUUGGUUCGCCUUUUUCAUUCCGAUCAUUAUAUUUCUCAUUAUUCCUUUUGUCUUUUGGUUCGUACAUCCCAAACUUAAAAAGGAGGAGCUUCAAGGCUCUGUUCUUGUAAACACUAACAAAAUCUUGAGAGUUCUGUUUAGAGGAAACUGGCUUAAGAGGUUGAAGCAAAGGACCUUUUGGGAUUAUGCGACUCCAACUAACAUGAGGGCGAGAGGCGAAGGAUACUUUAAUAUAAAGAAAAAGAAGCCGAUCACUUGGACUGACCAAUGGGUGUUAGAUGUCAAGCAAAUUGUUAAUAUUUGUAAAGUUUUUUUGUACUUCGUAGUAUUCAAUCUUUGUGAUGCUAGUAGUAGUGGAGCAACACCAGCAUUAACGGCACAGUCAGGAUCUAUGACGAGUGAUGGAACACCUAACGAUAUGUACAGUAAUUUCAGUGCAAUGUCGAUCGUUGCACUUAUACCAAUAUUGGAUUACGGUAUUUAUCCUUUAUUGCGUAAAUGGAAAAUCAACUUUUGGCCUUCAUGGAGAAUCACUCUUGGUUUUCUCUUGGCUGCUUUGACCCAGGCAGCAGCUGCAAUUAUUCAAAAAGAAAUUUAUAACACAAUUGAAUGUGGAGAGCAUGCCACAGAAUGUGUAGAAAACGGAAUCGUAGCACCGAUUAAUGCCUGGGUCCUGGUGACACCAUAUAUUUUAUCUGCUGCAGGUGAAUGUUUUGCUAACACUUCCGCUUAUGAAUUGGGUUAUACUAGAGCUCCAUCUCACAUGAAAGGCUUCGUCCAGGCAUUGUUCUUAUUUUCAACUGGUAUAGCUGCAGCGAUAGCUGAUGCUAUCAGCCCUGCUUUGAAAGAUCCAAACUUGGUUUGGUAUUUUGCAGCAUUAGCAAUUGUCGGUGGUGUAUUUACUGUUCUUUUCUUUAUUCAUUUUAGAAACUUGCAUAAGACUAUGGAACACGAAAGCAAGAUAAGAGCCAUAUUGAUGCGUAAACAGGAGGGUGAAAUAACUCUCGAACUCAACAACAUGGAACUGGUCACGUCGACCACAUGUGUUGCUGUUAAGCAAUUGUGA